AUGGCAUCCAUCUUCACCUACGAUCCUGACCCACCCCGGGUUUCGUCCCCAUGGUCGACCUCAGGAUCGUCAACCCCCCAAGUCAAUGUGUCUGGCAGCCGGGGUCUAGCUAUUCGAACCCGUUCAAGCUCAGCUUUGAACUCGACGGACCCUGAUUUUCUGUCCGACUAUGGCAUCACCAAGUUGGAGCCGGAACCUCAGGAGGGCCCCACCGAGUACAAGUUGCAUUUACUACUCCGUCCACGGAGGCCCUAUCUUUCCAUGUCUACUGGUCAUGUCGUCGCAGGCUCAUAUCAUUCUCGUAAUAGCCUAUCAGUGGCCUCAACUUCUGCAUCACCAUCUCAGGAUGGGAUAGUAACGACCCCAAAGCCCAUGCAAGCCAGGUCGACCCAAAGCCGGCAACAACGGCUGCAGGGGUUGACAACACAACUGUUGUGGCGUUUACAGCAAUCUUCGCCCUUCCAUUCAUCCACCACGGCAAACUUGGUAGUUCCCGUGCUUCCAGAUGCGACUCCACAAUUAGGCGUGCCCCCAAAGCCGGCUCGCCUACUUGCUGGCCUGGAAGAAAGUCAGGGUGCACUUUACGAGAUUGGAGUUGCCGACGAUGGCACCUUCGUAGGCUUAACCAGAGAUGAGCUUGAUGAAAGUGUGACCAAUCUACAGGCCAUGGCAGCCAGUCUCGGAUGUAGCGUUGAAAUUCUGCGUCGAGUAAUCGUCGGGAAAUGCGAGUGGAUGGAGGACUUGCCAUCGGAACCAUUGGAAUCGACCAAAAGCCAUUCUGACAAGCUUUGGGUUGCAGAAGCUUUAGUUACUCCAGAUUUGGAUUACUACAAAAUGUCUCCUCGGUCGACACGGAAUGUCGAUGACAUUUCUGAUCAAGGCAACGGGAUGAACUCUGUUUCAGAAGAGGAUUACUCUCAUACCGAGCAGAUUCGAAUAUCCAUCGCGGGCCCGAGCACUGCAGGGAAAUCUUCUUUAUUGGGAACGUUGACCUCAUCUCAGCUUGACAAUGGGCGAGGCAAGAGCCGACUUAGUCUACUCAAACACCGACACGAGAUAUCCUCCGGUAUCACUAGCUCCGUCGCCCAAGAGCUGAUUGGUUAUGCAGAUGAUGUGCCUACAAGCGUGGUCAAUUAUGCUUCUGGAAAUAUCGCUGCGUGGGAUGAUAUCCAUGCCACUUCGCGUGGAGGUCGCCUGGCAUUUGUAUCGGACCUUCCAGGCUCAGUACGAUAUGUGAAGUCUACAUUAAGGGGCCUAGUAAGCUGGGCCCCACAUUAUGUGAUGUUGUGUAUCCCAGCCAACUGCGGCGAUGAGACGGCAGAGACCGAAACCAGCAAUGAGCAAGCCACUGAGAUUGAUCUUUGCCUGGCAUACUUGGAGCUUUGUCUGAAACUAGAUGUUCAAUUUUUAAUCGUCAUCACGAAGUUAGACAUUGCUUCUCGAAGCGGGUUACGAGAAAAUCUUGCUAAAGUCUUGUCUGCCCUGAAAACAGCAAACCGGAAGCCCGCGAUGCUUCCUGCAUCGCCUAUGGGCGACAAAAUACCUGAUCUCCAGCAAAUAAGCGCUUCGGACAGCAAGUCUGUAAAAGACCUUAUCAAAGUAACCAACGGGAACUGGUCUCAUACCGUGCCCAUACUUCUUUCUAGCGCUGUUGAUGGCUCAGGAAUAGGCAAACUGCACGCAUUCCUUCGAUAUUUGCCCAUUCCAUCAAUUCCAAGUCAAAGAGCACUGCGUCUGCACAAGCAACCAGUGUCUUAUCAGUCCUCCAAUAAUGUUUUCGACGUCGACGAAGUCUUCGCCAUCCCACCAUCAAAAGUGUAUUCUAUGACUAGCGAGAAACCCAACCAAGAAAGCCGUGGAAUGGUUUUAUGCGGCCUAGUUCGCCACGGCAGCAUAUCUGUUGGUGACGAAAUGACCAUCGGACCCCUUCUUGUCGAUAGCUCAACAGACAGCAGCAACGACAGCGCGCCUUUGGGCAUGCUUUCCCGAAGCAGCGGACCAGGCUCCUCAAGCGAUUUUCCUGCGUCAUUGCCUCAGAGCUUCUUUCCAGGUAAAGACGCCUCAUUGACGCAAGCAAAAUGGCAUCGCGUGCGCGUCGUCAGCGUUCGAAACCUUCGCCUCUCUGUCCGUCGCCUCAUGAAAGAUCAAGUCGGCACCAUCGGCAUCGAGCUGCUCACUUUCCCAGAUGAAGACAGACUCCCACGUCUCAGCCGCAUCCGCAAGGGCAUGGUUUUAACAAACAUGCACCAGACCACACCUCUUUCGCCCUCUUCUUCCUCUUCCACUACCACGACUCCACUACGAUCGACCUUGUCACUACCUUUCUACACAGGCUUCGUAGCCACAUUCCCCGCUUCCGAAUUUUCGGCUCUGAACUCGCCUCCCCUACUUCUGGGUGGCAAUUCAAUAGUUUACAUAGCCAAUAUCCGAACAACCGUCCGUGUUAUCUGCAUGGAACUUGCAGGGACAGACGACGAGCUUCCUUCUGAGCCACAGUCACCCGAUGAACCGGAAUUCUUCUCUUUCGAUGGUGAUGCCCAGUCCCCUGGCCGUGGAGAAAAGGGUAGUCCCGGAAAUAAUGCCAUUCUCCCUGAUCCCGCCCGGCGUCGUGCAUCCGCUACUGAUAUCAGCAAAGUCAUCUCCGGAACCUCGAAUACAUCCACAGGAGGAAUAGCUGAAGCCUUCAAAGAAGAUGUGCAAAUUACAUUUGCGCUAGUCACAUCUGUCGAGUGGAUUGAACUUGGCUCGCAGGUUCUUGUCAUGCCCGGCGUAUCGAUGGGAGCGUCUUCCAAUGCCGCCGUGGGCUCGGGACCUGGCUCGAGUGCCAAUUCUUCUGGAUGCGUAAUGGUUUCCGGAUUAGAAGGAUUUGUAGGAACGGUUUGUGAAGUGGUUCCAGGUAGAAGUGUGGGGAAUGAAUAA